AUGAAGUCGGACCUUUGGUAUUUCUUUCUCUUCUGCUUCCAGGUUGAAGUUCUAACAGAGGAAAUUGAUGAUUUUGCCAAGUCUAAAAUAUUUACAUUUCACCAUGGAGGUGUACAAAUGUUAUGCAAAUGCCCUGAGAACGUCCAGCAAUUUAGAAUGGAGUUGCUGAAAGGGACGCAAAUAAUCUGUGAUUUCAGUAAGACAAAGGGAAGUGGAAACACCAUAUCCAAUCAGAGUCUGAAAUUCUGUCAAUCAUCCAAUAACAGUGUCUCUUAUUUUCUGAAUAACUUGGACAGUUCUCAUGACAGCUAUUACUCCUGCAGACUAUCAAUUUUUGAUCCUCCUCCUUUUCAAGUGAAGUUGAAGAGCGAAUAUUUGCAUAUUUAUGAAUCGCAGCUUUGUUGCCAGCUGAAGUUCUGGUUACCCAUAGGAUGUGCAGCUUCUGUUGUCAUCUACAUUUUUGGAUGCACAUUUUUAUGUUGGUUUAAAAAUAAGAAGCAUCGAUCUAGUGUGCAUGAUGCGAACAGUGAGUACAUGUUCAUGGCAGCGGUGAACACGGCGAAGAAGCCGGGGCGCACAGAUGUUGCUCAUAACUUGGGACUCUCUGGCACCCAGGCAUGAACCAUGUUGGCUAUCUCCCUGCUACUUGAAGUGCAAGAUUUCCUCAUUUCCUGGACCCCGGAGAGUCUGGCUUGAUUCGACUACAUACAUCUUCUACUGAUGUUUUGUUCAACCUGGACCAGUAACUAUAUCAGUCAACAGGGAUAUUAACAGACUGCCUCAGAGCUGCUGAGUUCUAUGGGAACAAACACCCUCUUGCAACUUUAUAGAAAGCCGGGGUCACGUGUACCAACAAACAGACCUGGCUGGGAUGGAAUCACUUUCACAUCUGCUUCUAGCCAGUAAAACAAACACAUCUACAAACAUUGUUAAAAUACGCCAAGGGCACUGAAUCCACAAAGCAAACGGGCCUCUGAGGGUCAGCAUCGGUCCACAGUUCACUAACAGACUACCUCUUCUUCUUGUAGGAUGAGCUUCCCUUUUUAAAUCAGACAGUAGAGGAGUUGCUUCAAAACUGUAGCUAUUUUAUUUCUGAGGUGUCAACGUGUGACUAUAAUGUACUGAUGUAUUAGUGCACAGUACUCUUUUCCAACUUCUGAACUCCCGUCUGCCACUCCACCAAGAGUUUAGAUACCUUCUGCUCUCAGUUUUCCUUUUAAAAAUAUUUCUACAUGACUAUUUGACAUGCUCUGAGGAGGGAGCUAUGUCUAUGUUUUUUCCUCUACUGCUCCAUAAAUUUAUAUAUAUAAUAUAUAUAAAUAUAUGAGUAUA